CAAACGCCGUUAUAAUAUAAAACUGUGGAAAACAUUCACCGAUUGUUUCAAUUGUCUGCCGAUCGCCGCCAUCAUCGACGAGAAGAUCUUCUGCUGUCACGGAGGUCUGUCACCGGACUUGCAAUCCAUGGAACAAAUCCGACGCAUAAUGCGGCCGACGGACGUGCCCGACACGGGCCUACUGUGCGACCUGUUGUGGUCGGACCCGGAUAAGGACGUGCAGGGCUGGGGCGAGAACGACAGGGGCGUGUCGUUCACGUUCGGCGCCGACGUGGUCUCCAAGUUCUUGAACCGACACGACUUGGACCUGAUCUGUAGGGCGCAUCAGGUAGUGGAGGACGGCUACGAGUUCUUCGCGAAACGCCAAUUAGUGACCCUAUUCUCGGCGCCCAACUAUUGCGGCGAGUUUGACAACGCCGGCGGUAUGAUGUCCGUCGAUGAGACGCUCAUGUGCUCGUUUCAAAUUCUGAAGCCGUCGGAGAAGAAGGCGAAAUACCAAUACGGAGGUCUCAACUCUGGUCGACCCGUCACCCCUCCCAGAGGGCCCGUCAAAAAGAAAUAAUAAUCAAUGUAUAGACACAGUAUAGACACCACUAUUCGUAUGAUUACUAUAGGAAUUUGUGUUGUUUUUAGGAUUUCAAAAACUAUUACGAAAUGAAUUUAUUUUUCCCCACUUUUUGUGUCAAUUCUUUGUAUGGAUUCUCGCGACGAUUCUGUCGGAGAGAAACAAAAGUGUAUUUUUCAAAAAACAAACACUCGAUUCGCACCAAAAUUUUAUAUUUAAUUUGUU